AACUCAAAGCUUUUUUACUGAAGCAUUGCGAGGCCGAGUAAGGGAAAAGUUGAAAAAUGCCAAGGUUAUGCAAGGUGACAAAUCUCCAGAGGAGGAGCUCAAAAAUACUGACACGUAUCAAAGAGAUAAGAAUGAAGCAGUAUCUGAUGAAGGCCUUCUAUUUUUUAUCACAAAUGGUGACAGAUGCUCCGAGCGUGAAGCCUUGAACCAAACUAUCGACUGGAGAUCGGUAAAGACCCACGACCGUAAGCAUACAUCAGCAGAGAGUAGUUGUCAAACCUUUGACGACGAGGAGGACCAGAGAAUUUUGGAAGAGGUGAUUUUCCAAGAUUUGCUGGAAAUAAAAGCUGCUGAAUAUGAAGAUGAUGAAUUGCAGUCCCAGAAGCAACAAGGACAUAUUUUUAUGCCAACUAGCUCUCCAGUGACCCACCAGCGGAAGCUGCCGGAAAACACGGUACCCCGGAUCUUAGAGGAUGAAGGGUUUUAUAUUCAGAGAAAACCAGAAAUAUGUAAGAAGAUUUGUAACAGAAUGGAAAAUCGCCUGGUUAACCAAGAAGAGGGAAAAAGCUGGUUUGACGAAAGUGGAGAAAUAAUGUCAUUACCUUCUCCAUUGAAGCAGUCGUGGAAUUUCAGAAAAAUCGUCACUGUUGAAACCUUGAAUCCGGGAUUAAGGACCACAUUCAAGCAGGCAAUCGGAACAGACCUGGAAAGCCGCAUCGGGAGCAAAACAGAACUCCAGAGGGAACUUUGUCAACUGGAUCUCAACAUCUCAAGUUUGCAGUUCAGCCAUCAUCCUCUCUUCAAUCAAGAACUUGUGUUAUGCUCCAGGUUGCUCCAACUCUUCGAGUGUUUCCAGCUCAGAAGGCAACAAAACACAUCUCAUCUUCUGUAUGAAAAACUGAAAGCAUUAACAAAUACUGCGAAAAGAGGAAAGCACAAUUUGGAGACGAGCCAGCUGAGCAGAAAAUCUCAACAAGACUACCAUUGCCAAAUAAGUGAUACAAAACAGCUGUAUGACCUCGAAAAGAAAAAGGAUAGUUCCCUAAUACAUAGUAUGCUAAAGGUGUGGAAACAAAUAAAAUCACUCCGCCUACAACAAGGAUUUUCGAGCACAUCUAUAAAAUUGCAGUUUCAAAAAUUCACAGUGAAUAAAGAUGAAUGUGCAAAAGAAGAAUUAACAGAAGUUUCUGAAACAAAGAUGAGACCCAAGGGAGAAGGUGAUAAAAAUCUCAUUGAGUCUGAACAAUUCUUGGAUGUCUGGGAAAAAGAGGAGGGACUUUCUUAUUUAACAUCAGAGAUUGAUGAGAAAGGAAUCGAAAGGUUAAGACAGCCAACUUUAAUUCCACGACUUUCUAUGAAUGCAGAAAUAACAAACUUAUCCAGAUGUCCCAUGCACGAACAGAGAAGGAGAGACAAAGUUCAGAAGCUUCACUAUUUCAUUAAAAUAUUUUACAAUGAUAAACAGGUCUCCUGCACAUCCACGUCUCCUUUGCAGUUGGAUUUUAAAGUCGUAUUUCAGCAGAUUUUUCAUAUUCAGUUAAUGAACUGGCCUGGAACUAUUCGGCUAGAGAUUUAUGAAAUGAAUAAGAGGUCAAGCCUCUUGGCAAAAAUAUACUUACCUCUACCCAACAAAGCUGCACUGAAAAGCAGUGAUUCUUUGGAGCAGGCAGAAUUUAGCUGUGAUAAACUCGUCAUGCCGGCCUACGGAGAAGUAGGAAGCAAUGUGCCUUUUCUUCUUGAUGGACAUGAGACAGAAGAACUGUGUUUGUUGACAUCAGGAAAGUUAAACUACUCUUUAUCGUGGGCAGUAAAUGGAGAUGGAAUUCCUCUAACACCUGUACCACAAUCCUUUACCUCUGCCUGCUACAGCGUGCUGAAGACUGCAGAACGAAGAGAAGUUCCCGGAAUCCAGUGGCUUGCUAAUACGCAGAAGCUUAUCGACUGGGCAAAUGAAGUCCGAAUUGAUCCAAACGACCCCGAUUAUUCAGAGCUGAUGGAGUUUAUUACGUAUGCAAGACACAAGGGGCCAACUCUCCCCAAAUAUUUUCGCCUUGAACAGCUGGAAGAAGAAUUUACCUUUGCUGCCGAGGAUGAGAUUGCAAAAAGUAAACGCUUCCAGCUCAUUCAGCUUAGAAAUUCAGGACGGUUAGAUCACUCACAUCUUCAGCAAAUACCUCUGUAUGACAGAGAAAUACCAGAUUUAAUAUUUCAGGAAUAUGAAAGCCAGUUAGAGAAGGACCUACCCGUUACGGAUGCCAACGCUAUUAUUUCUCAUAGGAGCCAUUCUUCCAACUUAAUGAGGAAGAUGAGGACGCUGGUUCUGAAAAAAGUCACCAAAGUUAGCAAUAAAUUUCAUCUUUCAGAUAUGGUGACAGAUUAUGAAGAAAUCGUAUCUGCCAGCCAGUUGAAGGAAGCAAUUUGUAAACUCGUUAAACGGAGGAGAAAUUUAAAACCGCAGAGAAAAGAAAGGAAAACAGUUGCGGCCCAGACCGUCUCUGAUGGUGACAUCAAAAUUCUGAUUCGAAUUUCGAGAGGUUACAAUAUUCCAUCCCGGAAAUCAACGGUUAGUAGAAACCUGGAGGUACCUGGUUAUUUGUUAUCUUCCGUAUCCUGGAUCAGACAUAAAGAAUCAGUGACGACAAAUGAACUCUUAAGUAAGGUCAAUGUCCGGCCUUUUGUUGAAGUUUCUUUUCAGCACACGGUUUAUCGAACUGAUACUGUGGACGGAUCUCAUCCGUGUUGGAACGAAGAACUCAUUCUGGAUUUCAGCUCACCAGGACACGAUUACAGCAUUUCGGGAUUAUCCAAAAUAAAAGAUAACAUCGUUAUCAAUAUUUUUGAUGAAGUUGUGAUCGAAAAACAUGAGGAUAAUUGCCUCAAGGGCUGCAGGGGUCACUCGUAUAUACAAAAGCAUUGGCUUGGCUCAGUUACUAUUCCUUUCUCUGCCCUCCUGCAACAAUCAAAGAUCAAUGGAACCUUUCAAGUAAAUAUCCCUCCCGUUUUGCUUGGAUAUACUUGGAGUCAAACCUACCUGUCUCCUACAGAAGACUGCAGUGGACCGAAUUUAAAAGAAUGCACUUUUUUAACCAUCUUUGCUACAUUAGAACCUCAGAUAUCAUCUGCUGUCGAUGAUUCAGAAUCAGAUAAGUUUGCAGAUCAGAUUAAAGAAACACUUCUGCAGAGAGCUCACAUUUUUAAAAAAACCUGUAAGGCGCUGUUUCCAAACCGAAGAAUCGCCGCUGUCGUUUUCGACGACGGCGGGAGGUGCAUCUCAGCACCAAGGUAUAUCACAGCGUUAAAUCCACCUCAGCAACUACUAGACGUAUUUCUCAGUGACUUGAAUGCAACUCUGGCUCUUCUCGCCCGGUUUGUAUCUUUAAUUCCGUGUAUGGCAGACCCAUUGGAUGGAAACGGCAGUCUGGAUAUUUGGAUGACAUCAGAGCACUGCAUCUCUAUGGCCAUUGGAAACAAAGAGGAGCAUGCUGUGCUUUUGUGCAACUACUUUCUGUAUUUGAAAAAGAAAGCCUGGGUCUUGCUGGGAACAUCUGUAUUAGAAGGGCAAGUGGCUUAUGUGAUAACAAAAGAAAGUGACGAAUAUCUUCUUUGGAAUCCACUGACUGGGCACUGCUACAGGCAGUUCGACUCAUUUUGUCCUCUACAGAGUGCUGACUGCUUAAUUGACGAGGAAAACGUUUGGUUCAAUAUUCAACCUAACAGUACCCCAAUGUCCGUAACUUUUGACCGUUCAAAAGAAGGCUUAUGGAAACAAUUUCUUCCCAGUAACUUUCAGUGGACAAAAUCCACUAUUCAGCCCAAAGAAAUUGUAUAUUCCAGUACUAAUCCAAGUAUGGUGGAAGAUUUAAGGAAUAGGAUUGAAAGAGAACUAAAGUUUAAAAUGAUGGAAUGGCGACCCAAGCAGCCAACCCGGUGGCACCGACAGUGUACGGCUAUUUUACGCCGUAUUCUUUCCAAGAUGGAACUCGGUCCUGGAAACGUCGUUUCGAAAGAAGAAGAAAAUGAAUUGGAAAGAUUGUUGCACCACUACUGGAUUUCAGGAUUUCCUAUCCAGCUGCCAUUCACAGAUCUACAGACUCUAACCGAUGCAGUGUAUCAAACCGGCGUUCACUUUUCUGAACUUCCCCAGACCGAGUUUGCCCUGGCAGUGCACAUCCACCCUUACCCAAACAAUAUCUUAUCUGUCUGGAUCUAUCUAGCCUCCUUAGUCCAUAAUCGGUAAAAGAGCAACCAACGAAGCCACGUAUCUUCAAAAAUAAAUUAUUGCACGAUGUAUAAGGAACGGGAUACAAGAACUCUCUCAUAUCCUCGGAACAAGGGGAUUGUUUCUUUAGCAACAUAAGCAAAACCCUCAAAAGUAAGCUGAGUAAUGUUGGCAACAUAGAUUUUUAACAAAAUUCAUUCUGUUCUGAUUUCGUAAGCGUUUCAGAGCAAAAGUUUCCACCCCUUGAACUCUGAGAGGAGGAUUUUUCCGGGGCUUUGGAGAAUGUCCCUUGUUUUUAGGACUGUCACAGAUCCUUCUCUUCACAGGUGCGUGUGU